GUGCGCUCGGACCGAAGUGGGCCAGAGUGUCCUGCCAACACCUCAGAGAUCAUCCUGAGAGCGAUUCCAAUUCUGUGUCAUCAAUUUCACAAGUCAGUGCACAGGAUUCUGUAUUGCUACUUAAGCGAUAUCCACGGAAUUUUGACAUUUCUCUGCGAAGCACAGGCGGAGUGAAGAGUUGAUGGGCGAGGAUAACGGAAUUCAAUUUUCUUUCCCAAUGACCAAAGGGUGAAGCGGCCCGCUCGGACGCUAAGAAGUGCGCUCAGGAGGUGUGGAACUGAAUGUGUGUUUGAUAAACGAUACGCAACAAUAACGGUUGGCUUCACACGAAGAAAGUGUCAAGUGAAAUGCUAAGAAGCAAAUAAAUGAGAUUUAUUUCGAGUGUGGGAUUAUGGUAAUGGAGAAAAAAUAAACUGACACACAAGAAUGUUUUAAAUUCUGCGCUGAAUGUUGAAUUGUGGGGUGAAUUUUGUGUGUUUACUUUGCCGGCAAGAGCGUCAACUUUCGCAAUCUACACAUUAGUACAUUUACUCGCCAGUCUAACAUCAUGACUAAAUGCCACCAAGUUGACGUGGCGAUGAUGAUGGUGAUGGAGAUGACGGUGGUGCGCUGAAGUGAUCAUAUCUUCCCGAUUGGAUUAUGCUUAAUGUUGGGAAACACUUGAUAAACACUCUGUGGAAAUGUUGUGGAUUACUGUGCUGAUAAUUGGAGAUUUAUUUUCAUUCACUCCGGUUAAUGAAGCAUUAAAAGUCAUCAAUCCAGAAGCACAGACUGAGCCAUCGUUCGUCUCAGAGUCAGGAAAAUACAAAUUUGUCACAGGAAAUACAAUUCUCCUCCCGUGUGACGUCGAGCAAGCAGACUCGUAUGUCAUUGCGUGGAAGAAAGGCAUAGCGAUUCUGACGGCGGGUAAAGUCAAAGUGUCUCCCGACGCGAGGAUGAACUUAAUCAACGGAUAUUCGCUUCAAAUAAAGAACUCCGUGCCACAAGACGCCGGCGUGUACGUUUGCCAGAUCGCAACUUUGGACCCAAUAGAGAUAAUGCACACAGUAGAUAUUCUCGUGCCACCUGUGAUACAUCACGUGACAUCCGGUGGUAGUUUGCAGGUGAAAAAAGGAACGCCUGUGUAUCUGGAAUGCUUCGCUUCUGGGAAUCCUGCACCAAAUAUCACGUGGACACGGAAGAAUAACAUAUUGCCGAAUGGUGAGGAAAAAUUAUCAUCACCGGCGCUAACAAUUGAGAACAUGGAUCGACACAAAGGAGGCACUUAUAUCUGCACGGCAAAUAAUGGGGUUGGACAGGCGGCAACUAGUCAAGUGCUUCUACAUGUUCUAUAUCCACCAGAAAUCAUCCUGGAGCGACCAAUUGUGCACUCAAGUGAGGGUCAAGAAGCGAUGCUGGUUUGCAUUGUACACGGAGAAGCUCCACCUUUGGUAACAUGGUAUAUUAACACAAUGCAGCUACACACGACGGAGAAUCACAUCAUGGGAUCGCGAGGAUCGCGACACACUCUGCUGAUCCGCAAGGUGAAUCUGUAUGAUUUCGGCAAUUACACUUGCGUGGCGGAAAACGAUCUUGGGCGCACGAAGAAGAUCAUCCAAUUGACGGGAAAGCCCAAAAUGGCGGUUUUCCAUUCGCCACCCAUCAGCCAAUGGGGCGAUAGAUAUAAUAUUUCAUGGGCUGUGGAUUCACAUACUCCAAUAGAGGAAUUCAAACUAUUCUUUAGAAGACUGCCAAAAGGUCGCACAAAUGAUGAAAAUAAUGAAGAUUCCGGUGGUUUUCCAGCUGGAUUCAGUGAACAAUUACAGCCUCUUCAACAUCAAAGUCAGCAACAGCAGCAUUUUGGUCGACGUGGUUUCUAUCGGCGAUCAAACAGUACACAUCAUUUGGUGGUGCCCGCGUAUGAGUCGCACUGGUACAGGAAUGGCCACGGCAGCAUCGUCCACUGGUCGGGAAAUGAUUGGCGGGAUGUUAUUCUACCCGCCAUUCCACUAUCGCAUCUCUACACGCAGACCAUGAGUUAUCUCAUUCACGGAUUGGAGCCCGAUCAUCAGUACGAAGCUAAAGUGCAGGCCAGAAACCGAUAUGGAUGGAGCGACGUUUCAGAUCGUUUCAUAUUCUCAACACCAAACACAAACUCUGAAGUGCGCGACAUGCGAUCAACACAAUACAAUGGUGCGUCCUUUUCUACGUACAGGAAUUUCAUUUCUACCCUGUUGACCAUUAUCUUAGGAAACAUCGUAGUGAUAAGUCAUUCACGUGUAAUCACAUCUUCCAGUACAUAAAGUGUAUGUUUGUAUAGAGGAAAGUAAAAUAUCACAUAUUAGCUGAAUACUUUAUGUUUGUACGUAAAUGCAAAAUAGAUAAGACAUUAAGAGAAAUAAUAAUAAUUCGCAGAACUGAGUUCUUCAGCAUCAUUUCAUUGGAUUCUCUAUUAAGCAUGCUCGGGAUGUGUUUGAGUAUGGAAAUCUAAUAACAAAACGUCUCAUGGUACGUCUCGUUGGUCAUGGUGAAAUAUCCCACAGUCAAAUUACAAAAUAAUCCAUAAAGUCCUUUAAUCCUGAAUAUAACAAACGUUUCUGGCGCUCGGGUCGCUUGCUGACCACCACGAUUCUCAUCUGUACGGCUCUCGACACCCGCUGCCUUUUCACUCCACUAUUCGUGGAAAGCGUGGCAGAAGGAGAGCUUUAUUGUGCUCCACGGACGACCCCAAAAGUGGCUGGGUGUUGUGUCCGAAACAUACACUAUGUGUAGUUGGUCCUCCGCGGCGGCCAGAAUGGGAAUUUGUAUUGGAGCAACUUUAUAUUUGAAAUGUGACAUUAAAUACACCACUUUCCGCCGUCACCCCUUUUCUUCCUGCCCAGUUCUGUGUGUGACCCAAGGCUGAGUCGCAUGUAUUUGUUUUUCCCGGACACUGUGUCGAGGGUCAGAGAGCGCAACACAUGCCCAAAAGGGCCACUUUAGGGCCAUUACGCAAGGACAGGUAGUAAAUUUGGAGGAGUGCGCGAAUGUGAUUUUGCAAAGUGCAAAAUUAAAAUUUUAAUAAACCCACAUGCAAAUAUACGUCCACGUCCGUUUUGCAUUUUUGCCGCAUGGCACUUCUCCCUGGAUUUAAUGCCGCAAGAACGCCUAAGCACCUGCUUUUCUCAGCUCAUCCGUGAGAUGAGCUUUCUCCGCGAAAAAAUCAGAAUGUGACAAACCACUUUGUGGACUUUUUCUUCUGUUAUUUGCACUGAUUUGAGGGAGUGAAAGUAAAGAGUGAAGUUAGGAUUUGAACAAGAGUCAGAUUUUUGUGAUAUUGAAUUACCAAAAUAUCAAAUUCAAUUUAAAAAUCAGUAAAUAAUGAGAAAAAUAUGUUUUUCGAAUAGAAAGAGAGAACAUUUGCGUUUCCAUGAUUUUCUUCACUUCGCCAAUAAUGAUUGAAUGUUAGAGAUAAACAAGAAUUGAUCGUUCAAUAAUUUAUUAGUUCGCGAUGUUUAUUACGUUUUCUCUUAUAUUUGAUGAUAUCGCACGACAUGAUAUGUAAUGAUACUCGAAAUAAUUAAUAUGUCAAUUUCUAGAAACAUAUCCACAAUUUGUUCUCCUAAUUUGCCUAUUUCAAAUGUCGGUACAUAUUUGUGCCUCUUGAAGCAACAUUUUCUAUAAUUCAUAAUGUGUUCAGUUAAAAUUUCUUAUUCCUUUCCUUAUUUGCUUACGAAAAUACGAGUAAUUGAGAAAGGAACGCGUACUUGUAUAUAUAAUUAUCAUAUAGUUGAAAAACAAGACUUUGUUCUUCUUGUGACCAUUCGAAUCCCGAAAUCCAUAAAUUGUAUCAAAUUAGCAUAAUAUUGCAUCAAAAUAUCACUAGUUUUAUGUCAAAAAUCACUUCAAAUCACAUAUUAUUGUAUCAUUAUAUGAUUAAAACAUAUUUUUCUACAAAAGUUAGGUUAGAAAUAAUUUUUAUAAUUUGUCAUUAAUGUAAAAAAAACAAACCAAUUGGUUUUUUUUAAAUCAUGGUAAUUCCAAAUAUAAUUUUGUUUCUCCUGAAUAUAAAAAUAUAUAAAAUAAGGUGAAUGUAAUAAAAGAAUUUAUGAAAUUAACUUCCUGUUAAUAUGAAAGCUUAAAAGAAUUUGUAAAUAUAAAGAAUAGAAUAAAAGAAAAAUAACUGAAAGUCAAAGUAGAAAAUACAGUCAAAAUAAGACAUGAAUAACAUAUAUAUUAUGUGUAAAAUUUGUUACCACUCUCUCCAAAUCCACUCUUUGACUACAAUUCUACCAAGACUAGCUUUCUUUACACCUUCACUAUCGAGAGUAUUCAGAAACCAGAGAAAGCUGAGAAGUGAAAAAUUGAUAAACCAAAGUAUAUUUUGUUAUUUAGAUGAAUUUUCUCACGUCAAUUUUUUAUCUACAAUAUAUUUUCCUAUGAUGUCCAACUUAUGUAUAGCAAUUAUGGAUGUUUAUAUGUAUUACCAUUGAGUAAAUGAUGUGUAAAAUAUUUUUAUGGAUGGUGAAAAUAAACAUAAGAGCAAAUA